AUGUGGGUGACCUACGUUGAGGUCAGGUUUGAUAUCUACAGGAAAGUGCCAAAAGAUCUCACCCAGCCCACAUACUCAGGCGCUUUCAUUUCCAUCCUGUGUUGCGUGGUCAUACUUUUCCUCUUCCUCUCAGAGCUGACAGGAUUCAUCGCCACUGAAAUUGUAAAUGAACUGUAUGUGGACGAUCCAGAUAAAGACAGUGGUGGGAAGAUAGAAGUGAGUUUAAACAUCAGUUUGCCAAACUUACAUUGUGAUUUGGUGGGUUUGGACAUCCAAGAUGAGAUGGGCCGCCAUGAGGUCGGCCACAUUGACAAUUCCAUGAAGAUCACCCUCAACCACGGAGCAGGGUGCCGCUUUGAAGGGGAAUUCGCCAUAAACAAAGUGCCAGGAAAUUUUCACGUGUCCACACACAGUGCCACAGCCCAGCCCCAAAGCCCUGACAUGACUCACACAAUCCACAAGCUGGCAUUUGGAGAGAAGCUUCAGGUACAAAAUGUUCAAGGUGCCUUCAAUGCUUUAGGAGGAGCUGACAAGCUGGCAUCAAAUCCGUUGGCCUCACAUGACUAUAUCCUGAAGAUCGUUCCAACAGUAUAUGAAGAUCUAUCAGGCAAACAGAGGUUCUCCUACCAGUAUACGGUAGCCAACAAGGAAUAUGUUGCAUACAGCCACACGGGAAGGAUCAUACCGGCCAUCUGGUUCCGAUAUGACCUCAGCCCAAUCACAGUCAAGUACACAGAAAGGAGGCAACCUCUUUACCGCUUCAUCACUAGUAUUUGCGCCAUCAUCGGAGGAACGUUUACUGUGGCAGGCAUCAUUGAUUCCUGCAUAUUCACCGCAUCAGAGGCCUGGAAAAAGGUCCAGAUUGGAAAAAUGUCCUAG